AUGGCGCCCGCGCAAGCAUAUGUGACCAGCUAUCCCCCGCGAAUUCGCCAGUACACCAAUACCCUCCUUCAACCCGUUCUCCAGACCCAAAAUGUCGUGCCCGGCGGUCGCACCACCAAACGAGGGACAACCAUAAUCAACUACGCAGAUGAUGCCUACGAUGAGGACGACUUUGAAGACAGCGAAGGGCCCCGGCGACCGACCGGACUGCGAUCGUUACGACGGGAAGAGCUCGAGAAAAAGGACACGCAGCAUGAAAAGGUGGGAAAGGAAAUACACGAGCCUGUCGAUGUGCAGCCCAUUUAUCGGGAUUGGAUAAUCAGGAGGACCGUUAGGCCCACGACCGAUGCCCAGGCACACAUCCAGUCGCAACUCCCACUCACCCUUAUACCGAUACGUAUCGAUCUCGAUGUACCUCCCUACCAGCCUGAAGCGCCUUUCCCCCUGCCACGCACAGGGGACAUCGGAGUCAACCCUUCUCUCCCAAUGUUCAAGAAACCUGAACCUUUGCCGGGCUACAAGAUACGGGAUAUUUUCUUGUGGAAUCUUCACGAGAAUCUACUUACUCCGGAUGACUUCGCGCAGUGUUUCGUCCGCGAACUGGACUUACCGAACCAAACAGGUCUUGCGAUGAACGUCAGUCAGCAAAUCCGGACCCAACUGGAGGACUACGCGGGUGUUGCCAUGCAUCCUCUCUUUCACACUCAGCAGAAGAGAUCGCAAAUGCCUGACACCAACCCUGCUCCAACACCGUCAGCUUUUGUCAAUGGAAGCUCUCGUGGCGGCACACCCCGGGCGCACCUGGGGGCUUCAAUAUCGCGUCCAACCUCUACGACACCGGGAACUCCCGCCAUUUCAACACCUCAUCCUAUUACAUUGACCAACGGCGCUUCUAUAACAGCAGUCGCUUCUCCGCUACCGCCAGAACCCCAAAUUGAGCAGCAGGAUGACUCUGAAGAUCCAUUUCUUAAUCCGGACGACACGUACCGCUGUAUAAUCACGCUCUCAAUCUACCUCUCCUCGAAACUUUACCAAGACAAAUUCGAAUGGUCAUUGUUACAUCCACCGGGUGCUGCAGAGGCAUUUGCAAGACAGACUUGCGCAGACAUGGGAUUGGGCGGCGAAUGGGUUAUGGCCAUUACUCAUGCGAUCUACGAAGCAGUGUUGCGACUGAAAAAGGAGGCGUGCGAAGGCGGCAUGGUCAUGAUCGGUGGGAACCAUUUAAGCGGAGAAAUCGACAACCAAGCCGUCCGGAGCGAAGAAGGUGCUGGGUGGAGAUACGACAUUGACGAUUUUGGGGCCGAAUGGGAGCCGAAAUUCGAGGCUCUGAGUAAAGAAGAGAUCGAGAAGAGAGAGGGUGAUCGUGAACGUCAACUGAGGAGAUUGCGGAGAGAGACUGCCAAAUUCAGCUCCACAGCUGGGAUGGUGCCCUCUGCUCGAGAACAGGAAGCACAGCAACGAGGAAGUUACUUUGACUACACCACCAUUGGGAGCGCCGGGACAGGAGAGGAUACUCCCCUCAUGGGACGUGGAGAAAGAAGCAAGAAGAAGCGGCGAUUCAGAUCGCUGUCUCCCGUGGCAAAGGCGCAGACCCCGGAUGCGACUGGAAGCUCUGCUGGUGCGGGAUGGGGAGGUGAAGGCAAUCGACUGCAGGAAUACGAGAGGCAGAAUUGGCGGUGUAAACAUUGUCUCAUUUGGGGCAGCGCUGUCUGGGCUGUUCGGGAUGGACCUAUGGGCCCUAGAGCGCAAGUCAUUGCGAACUCGGGCCACGAUGAUAUGAUUCACGAUGCGGUCCUCGAUUACUAUGGCCGACGACUCGCGACUUGUUCGAGUGACAAGACCAUCAAGAUCUUUGAGAUUGAAGGCGACCAACACCGGUUAACGGAGACGCUGAAAGGCCACGAAGGCGCGGUCUGGUGCGUGUCAUGGGCGCAUCCCAAGUUCGGCACUCUCCUGGCCUCGUCGUCGUACGAUGGCCGCGUGCACAUUUACCGCGAAACGCCCUCACAACAGUCCCAGCCGGGCCAACAGUCACAGUCGUCAUGGACCCUGGUCUUCACGAGCACAUUCCACACCGCCUCGGUCAACAUGGUCUCCUGGGCACCACCGGACCUGGGCUGUCUGCUGGCGUGUGCCUCGUCGGACGGCAACGUAUCGGUGCUCGAGUUCCGCGACAACCAGUGGGGCCACAUCAUCUUCCCGGCGCACCCCAUGGGCGUGAACGCGGUGAGCUGGGCGCCGUCUGCUCCGCCGGGCGCCAUCACGCGGAAAGACCCCGGCACCACCGCGGCGGGCAGUGGUGGCGGGCUGGUCAAGCGGUUCGUCACGGGCGGGAGCGACAACAACGUCAAGCUGUGGGAGUUGGACCCGCAGACCGGCACGUACGAGAACGUGCUGGUCCUGCCCAACGGCCACGGCGACUGGGUCCGCGACGUCGCCUGGUCGCCCACCCUGCUCAGCAAGUCGUACAUCGCCAGCGCGAGCCAAGACAAGACGGUCAAGAUCUGGACCUGCACAAACAUGAACUCCGGGCCCGGCAACGUCGGGGACUGGACCCUGGCCAAGACGUUGGAAUUCGACGCCGUCACCUGGCGCGUGAGCUGGAGUCUGAGCGGCAAUGUGCUCGCCGUCUCGGGCGGUGACAACAAGGUCACCCUCUGGAAGGAGGAUCUGAAAGGGAACUGGGAGAUGGUCAGAGAGGUGACCGAGUAG